UGGGACUUUCCGGAUACGUCACUCGGAGCUUCCGAGUUAUUAAGCUAGCUCUACCUCUGUGUUCAUGUCGUUUGACAGUGUAAACGUCGCUGCGUUGCUCUGGAGUAUACACCAAGAGAGACCAUGAAAACGCCAAAGGCUCCCAACGGCGCCGAAAGGUUUGAAUAUUGAGACGUCGUUGUCAGGAGCGACGGUCAGACCGAGAGGCGGAAUGUCAACAACGCGGCCCCUCCUCGGAAUGAGACGAGUCACCGAGCUAACGUGCCCAGAACAGCCGAGCAGCAGGCUCCCUGCGUCAGCCGGCAGGCAGCAGCAAGAGGCCCCCACCGUGGACGAGUUUACAGUUCUAGAGGAUAAAGAAGAAGAGCUGAAAUGUGCCAGACCUCGAGUGGAACAGGUUUUUAAGGUAACGUUCACCAUUAUCGGUCUGUUGGACCACACGGGACAGCCACACGGCAGCAAAACAUCACGGCAGAUAUGGCUGCAGCUCAGAGGAAACAGAGACGACGUGUCAAAGGCAAAGGAAUAUGUUCGAGGACUCUGUGACCCAGAACUGCAGAAAGAGGAGCGGUACCCAGGGGACAUGCACUGUAUCUUUGCUGGUGCCCGGGGCCUCUUCCUGGACAGGCUCAUACGGGACACAAGUGCCGAGGUUCAGGUGCCUGAGCCGGGCCGCCUGCGGCUUUUGGGCCGAGCUGAGCCUGUUGUGAUGGCCCAGAGCAGAGUUCAGCAGUUUGUAGCACUAUUCCAGGAGAAGCGAAGUCUACCGAGUGACAGAGAGCCAGCAGUGAAACGAGCGUUCAAGUCCUUUGUGGAGGAGCGGGAUGAUAACUACACUAUGGAGCUUCUUCUUCUGCCCAGUGCCCUGAAGGAAGAGUUACUGGGACUGGCUCACAGCCCCACUUGCACAAACGCAUCCUCCUUGGCCCAGCUCAACCAGACACAUGUUAGCAUGGUAGAGGUUGAUCAGGACCGCUCGCAGAGCAGCACCCCAGUGACGGAGCUCUCCAACCGCAUCCUGGACACUAGCUUUGAAGAGAAAGGGGCCGGGAUGGGAUCUGUCGGCGGUAAAGCAGCAGGAGGAGGGAUAGGUUUAGGUCCCGAGGUCAUCCUGCUCAACGGCACUCGGCCCUCGCACAAGCGGCGCUCAUCUGAGAGCGAGACUCGGGACACAAAGAGACAGUACUCUCUGGAGCGAAGGGACGAGUCACCGGAGAGAGCGAGAGAGCGGGAGCGACAGAGAGACAGAGAGGGUCGGGGCGGUAGUAGCAGCUGUAGAUCCAAAACGCCCUCUGCUUCAUCGUCGCUCUCCUCCUCAGCCAAAGCAAACACGGUCGGUCCGAUCAUGCUGGACUCCAGUGAGGGCAUCUCAGAUGACGGAGAGGCAGUCAGUCCAGAAACCAACCUCCGCUGCCUGGUCAAUUUCUUCAGAACCAUGGGCUACCAGCAGGAAGUGGUGGAGCGUGUUGUCAAGGAGACGGGACAGACGGAAGAUACCUUCCUCGUCCUGGAGAAGAUCGUCGAGGAGACCAAGCGCUGUGAAGAGGGAUCAAAAGGGGGGGAAAAAGAAAGACGACUGAACUCUGUGCGCUCCCCUGAUAUUCCCUCCUCAUCGUCCUCCGCCUCCUCUACAGUCUCUCGACUCAGAGACAAGGAGCGUGAGCUGAGCAGAACGUUUGGGUCUAAAGAGAACAUUAAGCCCAACCAGCAUGGAAGCAGUAGCAACGGGCUGGGACACCAGAGGCAGUGCAGCGGCAGCGAGACGAGCACUCAGCAGGCAAUCACUAUCAAGAGGAGCUCCAGUGCUCAAGGAGGAGCAGGAAACUACGAAGUUAUUACCAUUGACGAUGACGAUGACGUCAUCCACACGGAUACCAAAACAGCUGAUGGUAGUAUGUCCCGGAUGAUGAGAGUUGCACACCUCGACACCCACUCGGGAUCCAGAACAGACUACCUGGCGCGGGGAGGGGGCAGCGUCUCACAGAGAGACUGCCUGUCAAGGGUUGGGACUCAGACUUUAGGAGGAUCGGUCAAAGUAGAGAGUGUGACAGCGCUGCGCAGCACGCCUCAGUGGCUGACUGCCACCAACACCUCCUUGGCUUCAACCCCCAGUUCAGCUCAACCCAUCAGCCGGCCCUCGGCCUCUCCCUAUCAGACCAUCGGCCACACGGGGUUUCACAGUGGCGGGGCCCGGACUCCACCUGCAAACGACCCCCCUGCGCCACCGGUGACUGGUUUGGCUCGUUUCCAUCAGUCACUGAGGACUCCCUACACUCUGAAGCUGCCGAAUGAGCCUGGGCGUCCAGAGCUCAGACACAUUAUCAUAGAUGGCAGCAACGUGGCUAUGGCACAUGGCCUUCAUCGGUUCUUCUCCUGUCGAGGCAUAGCACUGGCAGUGGAGACGUUUUGGAAGCGGGGCCACAGGGAGAUCACAGUAUUUGUACCUCAGUGGCGUCAGAAGAGAGACCGACUCACGACAGAGCAACAUUUUUUAAACCAGCUAGAGGACCUGAGGCUGCUUUCCUUCACUCCCUCCAGAGAGGUCUGUGGCCAGAGGAUAUCCUCACAUGAUGACAGGUUUCUGCUCCACCUCGCGGAAAAAACAGAUGGGAUAAUUGUAACCAAUGAUAAUCUGAGGGACUUUGUCGACACCUCUGACACCUGGCGCAGGAUCAUUCAGGAGAGGUUGCUUCAGUUUACUUUUGUGGAGGACCACUUCAUGAUCCCUGAUGACCCUCUGGGGAAAGACGGACCUUACCUGGACGUCUUCCUACGUAAAGACAAUAGGAGAACUGCACUCACUCCUCCACCUCUAAGACCCCCAGAUUUCCGGCUGUCCUCACAGCAGCAGCAGCCACUUUACGUCCAGGCCCUCCAUUCUGCUCCUCGGACCCCGGCCUCCACACCCAGGCCCCCUCCCUCCCUAAUUCCCCACCCGAUAGUGCACUGGCCCCACUCCGGUCCCCCUGAAUGGCACCCACCCCGCCGUUCCCCCUCACCCUCACCCUCGGCUCCGCCCCAGCGAUCGCCGGGGGAGACGUCAGAGUUGAAGAGAAAGCUGUACGACAUCUUCCCCGACCAGAAGCAGCGAAUCGACCGCAUCCUCAGCGACAAUCCGUAUAUGAGAGACCUGAACGCACUGUCGGGGCUGCUGCUGGGAUAAAUAACUGGCUCUGUCAUGAAUCAGUAAACACACACACACACACACACAAUACUUACACAGACUCACAAGAAUAUACAUACGUGUCAGCAUAAAUAUAAUUUAUUUUACCAUCUCUUCCACCCUGGACGUCAUGGAAAGUUUAUCAUCAUUAUUAUUAUUAUUAUUAUUAUUUUACAUUAAGACUGAUCAUCAAACUAGCUGCUAUUGGCAAAAAGUAUUUUUUGGGAUGUUUUGCUCUGCACACAAUGGGUUUUCUUCUCCAGAACCUUGUUUACCAUCAGACUUUCAACACCUUUCACAAGCUCAGAGCUUUUUCUUGAUAAGAUUAUUGACACUGGCAGGUUUUGCAUGUCUUCAUAUGUUCAAUAUACGACUUUCACACUUUGUCGUUGUUCUGGAACAGAAUUAAUUCACUGUCAGGCAGCAACAGGGUAUCGAACCAGACACCAGUGAACCGUUCCAGCUGUUCAGGAUCAGCAUCAGCAAGGAAAAGCUUCACAGUAUCACUCUUUAACUUAAUUUUCUUGACAACGCACUUGUUGGACAUGAGUGUUACAAAAUCGGCUGUGAUGUCUUUUAUCAGAGAAGCGUUUCGGGAAGCAUGAUGAGGUCAUUGGCUUUAGCAUCAAACAGUUGUUAGACAGUAAACCCACAACGUUAAUUUAAGAAGCAAGAAAAAUACAUAUGAGCCUAUUAAAGAAACAGAUUUAGAUGUGUUUUAAGCCAACAUUUUGAGGUGAUAUGGAUGAGCAGUCAUCACAACCUGUAGCUUUUUUUCUUUUUAAUUAUUUCAGAUAUAGCUCACUGUGUGUAUAUAUCCAGCCUGAGCUCAUCUCAUUUAUCAAUCCUUUUCAUUAAUUAAAGCACCACUGCUCGUCUCUGUCCCCUCAAAGUGUUUCCUGGUGUGGCUCAGUUCAAAUGAAGUUUUUUUUUUUUUUUUUCCCACUCCACCAGUUCUCCCUGCAAAGUCAGUGCAAUUGUAAUCUCAUGACAAGUUUCUCAAGGGACCAUUUUUUUCUCAAUGAGAAAUUUUGUCCUUUAAAUCCCAUUGGAUUCCCAUUUAAGUUCCCAUUGGUAAUAAGUAUCUCAAGAAUUAUGUUUUUUUUGGCAAGAAAUUUUUCAUUUGCAGACGCUGUCUUAAUAAUCAGAAGAACUUAUUAUUGUGAACUUGUGUAUCAUCGCUAUGACAACCCCCCAGCCCUUCAUUAGAGACUUAUUCUCGUUAUGGACUUGUUUUGCUUCUCAAACCUGAUGUUUAAAGCUGUGGAAGACCUCAGGUGCUAAAGCCGAAGUUGCUGUUCUGAUAAUCUGUUGCUGAACAUUGCCUCAACAAGAAUUUGAUAUUCCAUUGUUCCAGAAUGAGUUGUUCCAGUUAGAUACACUAUUCAGCAGUGUUUUCAGGAGGUUACAGUUACUAGUUCUUCAUCAGCAUCAGCCUCGGUCUUUAGGCAAUACGUACAGCCGUCCAUCUGACCUCGGAUGGAAACAAACACUACAAGAGUUUGGAUUAAACCUUUGUUGAUUGAAUUAAAUGGCCUACUUAAGUUUGAAAUCACACAGGCUUAAGUUGGCUCACCAAAAAAAAAAUAACAUUUGUAGUUAGUGUUUAAUAGCUGAAUUUAAUGCACUGGAGGUAAGUAAUGAUGGAGGGAGUAAAACAAGGUUUCAUUGAAUUUUCAGAAAGCUUGUAGUGUUUUGGGGUUUUUUUUUACCCUCAUACACCCAGAGAAUGUGGGACGCAGCUUGCAUAUUUGAUGUGCAUCUGAGUUUUGUAAUAUACAAACACUUUAUCUCCUUGUAAGAAAAGAAUCUCUGCACAAAAUCUUUACAAGGUGUCAAAAAUAAGUUUUGUUCGUACUUGCUAUGUUGUUGUUGUAAGGAUUACUGAAGGACUUCUCUUUUGUUGUAUUAUAAUUCUUUGGUGUAUAUUGAUUUCUUUUUUGUAAAUACAAGCAUUUUUGGCUACAGUGCACAUAUGGUUUUAUGUAUGUGGAAAAAAAACCAAAAUAAAAAUGCAGCAGUCCCCAUGAAA